AUGAUUGUCAUUUCAUUGAGCAGACAUUUCGUCAUCGAUCACUUGGUGUUGUUUGCAAGCCUGCAACCUCAACUGCCUUCCUCCAUUUCAGGGCUCGCUGACCUGAGUAGGUGUUUUGUCAAUUUGGCGGCGACAGCUAUGACUUCCAACCAGAACGGAGGUUCGUCAACGUGCGUUGUCGAACAACCAAUCGAGCUCCAGGAUGCAUCUUCAUACCUGCAAACCCCGCAAAAUGCCAAAACGACACCGAGCCUGAAGGUCUCUGAUCGAGCAAGCCAGGAUGACGAUCCAGUUGAAAACCUCCCAUCGCCGACUACCCAAGCAGCGGAGAAGCUCGAACGCUGGAAUCAAUCAAGAACAAACUUAUACCGGACCUUUGCUGCAUUUUGGAGUUUCGUUGUCAUGGGAAGCAACGACGCUGCCUACGGUGCUCUAAUCCCAUAUUUACAAGAAUACUACAACUUAACCUUCAUCGUCAUCUCCUUGGUCUUCCUAUCCCCCCUCGUAGGCUACACAGCCUCGGCUCUGCUCAACAAUAGUAUCCACCUGAAGUUUGGACAACGCGGCGUCGGCGUCGUGGCUCCAGUCUGCCACCUCAUCGCGUACAUUGUCAUCGCCGUGCACCCGCCGUACCCCGUGCUCGUUGUCAUCUUCAUGAUCGCAGGCUUCGGCAACGGCUUAGCGGACGCCGCAUGGAACGCGUGGAUGGGCAACAUGGCGAACCCCAACGAAGUCCUUGGUUUCCUCCACGCCUUUUAUGGCCUAGGCGCGGUGCUGAGCCCGCUGAUUGCUACGACGAUGAUCACGAAGGGCCAUCUGCAAUGGUAUACGUUCUACUAUGUCAUGAUUGGUAUGGCGGUGCUCGAACUCGGUGUCUCGAGCACGGCGUUUUGGCGCGCAGAUGGGGCGGCGUUCAGGGCUGCGAAUCCGAGGACAGGGGAUGCAAAGGACAACCGCAUGAAAGAAGCGCUGAUCCGUCUUCCGCACGCCAGAGUUACUUGGCUCUGCGCCUUGUUCUUGCUGGGCUAUGUGGGGAUUGAGGUUGCGCUUGGAGGAUGGAUUGUCAAGUUCAUGCUCGAAGUGCGACACGGAGGAGACUUUGCGAGCGGAAUGACCGCGACCGGCUUCUGGAUGGGCAUCACGGUCGGCAGACUGGUGUUGGGAUUCGUCACGCCGAGAUUGGGGGAGAAGCUGGCCAUUGCUAUCUACCUCCCCAUCACCAUGGCACUGGAGCUCAUUUUCUGGCUCGUCCCUCAAUUCUACGUCUCCGCCGUCGCCGUCUCUUUGCAAGGCUUCUUCCUCGGCCCACUAUUUCCUGCUGCUGUUGUCGCCGCAACGAAACUGCUGCCACGACAUCUGCACGUCAGCGCCAUCGGGUUCGCAGCAGCAUUUGGCGGCUCAGGCGCAGCCAUCUUCCCCUUCGCGGUGGGCGCCAUCGCACAGGCCAAAGGCGUGCAAGUCCUCCAACCCAUCAUCCUGGCGCUGCUGGGCGUGAUUCUGGGGCUGUGGCUAUGCUUGCCGCGCAUCCACAAGAAGCAGGAGUAG